AUGGAACAACCACAGGACCCGGAGAGAUUGGCACCGCCAACUGUGAGCUCGCUACGGGCUCAGGCUGCCGGCAGUGCCAUGGAAAGAACAAUGACCGAAAACAUCAGGGAGGAGCGCGAAGACCUCCGGGAGGCUGCCGAGCAGACCCUCAACGUAAUUGUAGAUCUAAACCUGGACGAAACCAUACGUUGGGUCAGUCCUUCCUGGGUCGAUGUUAUUGGUUCAAAAACAGAAGACGUUCAGGGAAAGCCCAUCACAGACGUUAUUGUCAGCGACAAGGCAGCUUUCGGCGAUGCUAUUAUCUCCAUGAAGAAGGAUGAUUCGAGGAGUCACAGAAUUCGUUUUACUGUUUGCACUGGUCCUUUUUCCAAGCUUCGGCCCAUCGAAACUAUUCAGGAUGCUGGCUCCGAAUCGGACAAUGAGCCUACCACUCUGGAUCUUGAGGCACAGGGUAUCAUGAUAUAUGACCGGACCGAUGGAAGCGAAAGCCACACCAUGUGGAUGAUCCGUCCAUGGAUCCCACCGCGAGAGAUCCAAAUCGACCUACCCCCUUUGAUUGUCGAUUCCCUCGGAUCAGGCGCCGAGGUCCUCGCCAGCUAUCUGACCCAGUUGGCAGAGGCUGGUAACGACGACCCAGCCAGUCAUCCUCCUCCUCUGCCGGUACUCUGUCGCAUAUGUGAACGACAAAUUCCACCGUGGUGGUUCGAAAAGCACACCGAUUUGUGCCUGCAAGAGCACCGCGCAGAGAUGGAUGUCCAGAUGGCCCAAGAGAACAUAACGGAGCAUCGCCAUGCCAUCGUGAAAGUCCUUGAUGCUCUCGAAGCUCGAAAGAGCCGGCCGUUGACUGGGGAGAUGCUCACGUCACCUAUGGCUGAGUAUAAAGGAUUGUCUAUCGGACCCACGUCGAGCAGCUCGUCCCCAGGGACCGCUUCACCAUCUGCAGGUUCCAGAGACCGAUCGACUGGGUUUGGUCACGCACGUUCAAGGUCCUUUGCUGUUCGUCGUCCCCAAGCUCGCAUUGUUGAACUUCUCUUGGAUCUGCUUGAUACCGCCGCCGAGAUUAGCCCUCCAGCAAUCAAAGAAACAUCGACUGGCGAAUUCCGGACCCAAUCACCCCAAUCUGAGUCGCGCAUCUCCCAAGUCCUUCAGUGGCACUCUCCAGGCUCGAAUACACUGGAACAGGAGCAUGGUUUGGCUUUAUUGUGCGAUGAUACGGAAAAGGUUGCAAAAGAAAAGGUUGAAGCCGUUUUCCGUUACCGCCGAAUUCUGGAGUAUUCGGAGAGGAUUAGAAUCGAGUUCGCCGUAAUUGUCCAGGACUGUAUCGACGAAGCACUGCGCAAAGCGGCUCGUAUCGCCGCAGGACGCCUCAGCGACUCGACUGAAGAUGAGGAAGAGCAGCAGCUAGAAGCUAACACGAGUGAGAGCAUCAUGGGAACGGCUCCAGAGGAUGCCGUCUUCCCUGGAUCUUUCGACGGGCCAUCCUCACUAGCAAUGGCACUGCAAAAUGUCAAGCUCGGCGAUACGCCUGAGAGGAGGCGGCCAUCCUCGGCCAUCGGAUCUGCUCGAUCUAGCAGUCCUCGCGAGUGCCCCACGCCAAGAUCACAUCGUGGCGCGCUCAGUAUCUCCGGCCAGACGCGCGAGUCCCGUCGAGAAUCAAUCAUGUUCGAGAGUGAUGCUGGUGACAGCGAUGGGAGUGUCAGAUCUUCUUCGGUCACAUCUCGGCAGGCUCCUCGGACAGAGUCACCAAUUUCUGAAUUCGGCGGUGUACGUCGAGCCACCAGUUCGAGACGGCACCAAAGGCGUAGUCUGAUCCUCCCGGGAGCUUCGUCACCACAUCGGCAAGAAUCACCAAACCGAGUGGCACAACCGUCAUCCCCGUUGCGCAUACACAAGCCAAGGAAUCUCCUUUACUCCAAUGAUGCCGUUGUUUCCCCUGAAUCAUCACCCAUGCUACCAUACAGUGAUUUCAGUUCACCAAUCGCCGUACCCCAUCAUCGCAGACAGUCCUCGGUGGCAUUCCCAGAAUUCACCAACAGACCACCCCCAUCGCCCCGAAUGCACGCCGUUAACGCUCCGCAAAUGGCACGCGCUGUUCCACCAUCUAUCAAGGACUUUGAGAUUAUCAAGCCGAUCAGCAAAGGUGCAUUCGGAAGCGUUUAUCUCUCAAAGAAAAAGACCACACAAGAAUAUUUCGCCAUCAAAGUACUCAAAAAGGCAGACAUGGUUGCCAAGAAUCAGAUUACCAACGUCAAGGCUGAGCGGGCUAUUAUGAUGUGGCAAGGCGAAAGCGACUUUGUCGCAAAACUCUACUGGACAUUCUCCAGCAAGGAUUAUCUCUACUUGGUAAUGGAGUACCUCAAUGGUGGUGACUGUGCUUCUCUCAUCAAAGUUCUCGGCGGCCUGCCCGAGGAAUGGGUCAAGAAGUACCUAGCAGAAGUCAUCCUCGGUGUUGAACACCUCCACAGUCGUGGAAUCAUCCACAGGGAUCUCAAACCGGAUAACCUUCUGAUCGAUCAGAAAGGCCAUUUGAAGUUGACAGAUUUUGGUCUGUCUAGAAUGGGUCUAAUAGGACGACAAAAGCGGGCAUUAAAUAGCAUCAACUCGGAGCAAACACCUGAUCUAUUAAAGUCGGGCCCGUUUGUCCGAUCGACCUCAAUGGUGUCAUCCAGAUCUACUUCUCUUGAUCUGCAUGGCGGAAACAAUUCUCCCGGUGGUACUCCUCAAAUGACACCGUCCGAUGGCGGCGCUGGCCUUCCCCAACCAUCGUAUUUCAGUCUGUCCGCGAUCCACCAAGAGCCUCGUCGCAUCUCGGGGCAGCGCAGCGACAGUGGUGGCAGCGAGACCUUGACACACAUGAUCAACAACUUUUCUCUUGGUGAGCUGCCACCAAGCCUGAUUAAACAGUCGCAAUCGAGUGUGCGAUCGCCACGCGACGAUAUGAGUGAAGCUGAAAGCGCUGCAUCUCCGGAUUUCCCAGCGCUCCAGCAGGUCAGUACUCACAACAGCGAUGCUCAUCGGAAUACGCCGCCGCAGGCUAGCAUGAUGCCACCUGCAAUGGCAUUGUUCGAUCCCGAGGAUACGAAUCGGCGAUUUGUUGGCACGCCCGACUAUCUUGCUCCAGAAACGAUCAGGGGUGAAAGGCAAGACGAAACGAGUGAUUGGUGGUCUGUAGGAUGUAUCUUGUUCGAAUUUCUAUACGGCAUACCGCCUUUUCACGCAAGUGAGGCCGAACUCGUGUUUGAGAACAUUCUGGCCCGAAAGAUCAUGUGGCCAGACGACAACGAAAUCAGCAUAUCAGAUGAGGCCAAGGACCUUAUAAACAAAUUGUUGUGUGUGGAAACGCAACAGCGACUCGGAGCAAAUCGGGGAGACCAAUUCGCGUCGGGUGGAGAGGAGAUCAGAAGCCACCCAUUCUUUGAGGGCAUCAGCUGGGACAGCCUCCUGAAAGAUGAGGCCCAGUUCAUUCCGCAGCCAGAGAACCCGGAGGAUACGGAAUAUUUUGACGCCCGGGGAGCAACUCUGCAAGCAUUUACAGAGGAGAUUGAAGAUCAAUCCACUCCUCCGUCCGCUUCUACACCGGACUAUCCUGAACGACCACAUGAUGCCUUGUCGAGGGUCCGGUCUCAAGUGCAUAUCAAUCAAAUCAAGCGAGGUCUAAUGCCCCUGCAUAUUCCACCACACAUUCGUGAUCUCAAAACCCGGAGGCUGAGCGAACCCGUUGCCUCAGAUGACUUUGGUAACUUUGCCUUCAAGAACCUCACGGUGCUCGAUAAAGCAAAUAAAGACCUUGUGCAGCAGCUCAAGGCUCAAGCAGCUGCAGCACAAAGUAGAUCGGGAGUCAGUCCUGGGGGUAUCAGUAACGUCACAUCCCCGUCCCCUGCUGUGGAGGGUAUCAGCCCUGUGCUCUCGACGCCAGUGCAGCGGACUUUGUCGAAUGCCAAAGCAUCCCAGCGGCCCGCUUCUCCGUCUGCUGGAAAUCACACCAACUCAUCACCGAAUCGGGCCUCCCAGCCUUCAUCCCCACUUCUUGUGUCCUUUAUUGCUGGGCAAAGUGCCGAAAGUCGCCGGAAGCCGUCUAGUGCUUCAUCAAGUCUAUCUCAACAAUCUAGCGCUUCCCUCCAGCCUGGUAGCUUCUUCGACGCGCCACGAGGACCGCCCAGUCUUCAGAAGUCGGUGACUUCUGCCGCAGCUUCCCCUAUCAAAGGCCGUGGUGCUCCGCCCCCGCUCGCAUUGUCACCACAGAAGACCAUCGGGACGCCGAAGCAAAACACUGGUUCAUCUACGAGAUCCAGGUCGUUGACUGUUGGGUCGCAAGAUGGCAGCCCUGUUGCACCCGACCUUCUAUCGCAUCGUAAUCGGCGCAGUCAAGUUUUCGACAUGUCUCCAUCCUCCUCGGAUAAUGAAGGCGAGAAAGCUAACGCGCUAUUGCGAGUUCAACGCCGCCGCCAAAGCUCGCGCCGUCUGUCUGCUAUCAAUCUCGAUAGCCCAACGUUUCGCUCGUUGGAUGUGCUCAUCUGUGAGGAUCAUCCUGUUUCUCGCAUGGUCAUGGAGAAGUUGUUGGAGAAGCUUCGUUGUCGAACUAUAUCAGCUGCAAACGGCUCAGACGCAGUGCGUUACGCAAUGAGCGAGAUCAAAUUCGACAUCAUCUUCACGGAGUUCAAACUGCCAGAGGUCAAUGGCACUGAUCUUGCUCGAAUGGUCCGAGAACUCAAGAAUGUCAAUGCCCAUACCCCUAUUGUCGCCAUCACGGCAUAUUUGAAAGAGCUACAGGCCCCGCACUACUUUGACUCCUUGAUUGAAAAGCCAAUCAGCUCUUCCAAGCUGACUGAAGUACUGUCAAACCUGUGCCAGUGGAAACCUCCCUCACCGACCCAGAACAACUUAUCACCCCUUGCACAGCCGAUUCCAUUAGCACCAUCCAGUUUGCGGCACGAAGGGGCACGCCUCGAAGACAGCCCGACAUCUUCUUCGUCCAUGUUUGCACACCGAUUAGGAAGCAGCAGCUUUAGAGGAUCUAGUAGAGAGGACUCCAUCAGUUCCAGCGUUUUUGGUGAUUCAGAAUCAGUCACUACCGAUGAGGUGCCCGUUGUGAUUAGUCGUAAAGCAACUGGCGAUUGGGAUGAGCUCGGCAUCAGUCAAGAGGAAGUCCUUCUUGGAGCAGAAGGGUCACCACAACUGCCGGCACAUAUGAUGAAACAGCAAUCAGCACCCGCUCAAAUAGAACAGCCGAGGGUACCCAUACCGCGACGUUCGCUGGAGAAGCUCAAGUCCAGACGCGAGAAUUUGGAAAGACACCGCGGCGAGGGCAGCGAUUCAGCUGAUGAUGAGGACGAAGAUUUAGGCGCUUCUCGGGAGCGAACUAUACGGGCAAAACGGCCAAGCUCCAAGCUUGGAAUUGAGAUGAUGAGAGCAAACAGUCAUGAUAGUGUUGCUGUCACCUCUGAAAGCACCUCUGAACCGAUUACGCAGGUCGUUACGCCCUCCAAGGAUGGUGCGAUUUCCCCGUUUAGUCGUGCAGCAUCGCCGCUGAAAGCUGCCCAGUCAACGCCCGAGGCCUCGCCCGCACAGUGUCAGGAUAAAGGCAGUGAUCCCGACGAGACACCCCGUCCCACUGGUGGAACGAUGAAGGAGCUUGAGGCGGACGAGCCCACACCGCGCCCAAUCGUCAAAACUUCAUAG